GCAAUAAUAAACAAUACAUAAGCUACAUCUAAUCGUCUUAUUUGCGUCAAUUAAACCGUAAUUAUCACCUUUUUGAUUAAAGUCAUCUUUUUCAUACAAUAUGACACCUUAGUAUUCAUAUUGUGACCCGGUCAAUUGAAGAUAAAAUUAAAUUGUCAUUUGAGAUUCAAGUGAACUAAUUUCAUACGAAUAGAGCUAACAAUGUCAUUUUCAUAAAAGGAAGUAAAGUGAUGUUGAGACCGCAAUUAAGAGCUGUCCGUUAAUGGGCGCAAAGUAAAGUCCAAUGGCUUUUGAUGGAGCUGCAGCUGCCCUGCGCUGCGCUGAGUGGGCGGGGCCAGCAUUGUCAUGGAAACAAGACCACCGCCUUGCUAUUGUGCGCUGCUCUGCCAACUUUAUUAUAAACAGGCAACGAGCGGCGGCGCUGUCAAACGCGGCGAGCGAGCGGCAGCAGAGACGGCAAGUAUAGCGGGGGAGAGAGAACGCGCGCAACCGGUGACGGGAUUUUAUUCUAAGACGCACUGACAUUUAGCGCCAACUUUGGGGAGACGUUGUGCGCGGAUACCGGAGCGACCUUCCCCUCCAUCCGUGACUCCCAGCGCCCCGGUGCCGCCACCGGCUGAGCUCCAUGUAUAAAAUGGAUUACUCCUACCUGAACUCCUACGACUCGUGCAUGGCCGCCAUGGAAGCGUCGGCCUACGCGGACUUCAGCUCGUGCAGCCAGGCCAGCUCGUUCCAGUACAACCCCAUCCGGAGCGGACCCUUCUCCAACCCGGCCUGCACCCCGCUCAGCACGGCCAGCUGCACCCUGGGAGCCCUCAGGGAGCACCAGCCCACACCUUAUUCGUCAGUCCCUUACAAAUUCUUCUCAGACCCCUCGGGCCUGAAUGAGAAACGGAAGCAGAGGCGCAUCCGGACCACAUUCACCAGUUCCCAGUUGAAGGAGCUGGAGAGGGUCUUUGCCGAGACCCACUAUCCGGAUAUUUAUACCCGAGAGGAGCUGGCUCUCAAGAUAGAUCUGACAGAAGCCAGAGUACAGGUGUGGUUUCAGAACAGGCGUGCCAAGUUCCGCAAGCAGGAGCGCGCCGCCAACGCCAAAGCCAACAGCUCCGGUGGAGGGGGCAACACGAGCAACUCCGGAGGGAAGAAAGGCGGCGAGACCAGAUCUUCAUCGGACGACGACGAGUCCAAAGAAUCCACCUGCAGCCCCACGCCCGACAGCACGGCAUCUCUGCCGGGCUCGGCUAACGGCAACCUGGGCAGCCCCUCCAGCCUGAGCCCCAGCCCGGCUCCGGCCAACGGCGGCUAUGUCAACGCCUCCGCCUCUCCGGUGCUGCAGGGGCUCAAGGCGGCUGGCUGGUCCAGCCUGGGGCCAUCCAACCCGGCCGUGGCCCAGCCCGCCGCCCAGACUCAGGAGAUUCUGAAGGCCUGGCAGCCGGCGGACAGUAUGACGGGGCCUUUUGCCGGAGUCCUGUCCUCCUUUCACAGAAAACCCAACGCUGGCAUCAAGACGAACCUGUUCUGAAGCACAGAUGGAGACACAUUGAAGACAGAUGUUCUUCCCUGACAGCCUGGACACAAACGGCCGCCAAUCUGACUCCAAACUCAUCAAAAUCCGCAUUUCAUCGAGGACACUUAAACACUCAAUCUUGCCUUCCAACACAUACACAUGCACUACACAUCAGAGCUCAUGAGCAUGUCGAUCAGGUACGAACGAGCCCUAAGCAGAAUUUCAAACAUUGAGCAACUAACAACACACAGCUCCAGCAUAAGGAAGAGGAGCCCCUCAAUCCAAUUAGAAAGACCCUCGAUUCAUGGCUUCCUCCCUCCUUUACUGUAACAAGUCCGGGCCGUGACCUCCCUCUGUGACUCCUGGUGCUUUCAGGCCCAUUCUGCCUUGCCUCACUAAACACUGGCCACUUUGUUCCCAAAGCAGAAAGGAGAACAACUUGAGGCCGCUUUGCAUCGGCCAGAUUCCCGCCUAAGCUCGUCUUUCAAGUACUUAUUACAGACCUGCGGGUUUUUUACUCGUUCGGGACGUUUGGGGUGAUGACGUGUCACAUGUUUUUGCUCAAUUUCAGCUGAUGGGUCCAUUUUUUUCUGAAAAGUGUAAAAUUGGAAGGAGGGCAAUAUCAUGUUGACAGAUGAGGCUCCUAUUGUGUCUGUUAUAUAUGACGUCUCCACCGGAAAAAAAGAAAAAAAAAAUGUUCAUCUCCAGAGAUUGCUUCAUCUCUUUGUACUUGUUUGCAAUCCCUUUCAGCUGUGAUAGCUACUGAAAAAAUGUAUUUAUUAAUUUUUUUUAAAUGUGUCACUACGGAACUCUUGAAUUUCUUGUGAAAUUCCUCAUAACUUUUUGUGAGUGUAAAUCCUGUAAUUAGUAAUAUAAAAAAAAAUAGGAAUAUAGAAGUUGGUUAUUUUUUUUUUCCUGACAUUGCUUACCAGAUUGAUUUUACUGCAAUGCAUCUGUCUCAGAAAUUCCAGUGAAUGAGACCUUAUAGCACUACUGAUUAUUCUAAUAAAUCACAUUAUGGAAUCAAGA